GGAACGGCAGAGAGGUGUAUGGUGGCUGGGUUCAUAAUGUCGGCCAGAAAGCCCCGGUCUGUAGCAAACCCUUUGGAGUCUGCGAUCACCACACCCAGUGAGAGGAUACUGAAAGAAUGCCACAGUUUAUAUGUGGACAACGAAAACGGCCUGGUGAAGAUCGCCAGCAGCCUUGGAGUCCGGCUCCUUCCUCCCAGAAAGAAAAUCACUGUGAUGAUAAUGGGUAACCACUCUGCAGGGAAGAGCUCCUUCAUCAACUGGUAUGUUGAAGAGCACAUACAGAAAACAGGCGUCGCCAUCGAAACGCAGGGAUUUACAUUCAUCACAAGCGGUCGCAAAAGAGAAUCAUUGACGGGUAAUGCUACGCUACAUCUCUACCCGCACUUUCGACCGCUCCUCGAGUUUAAAGGUGUUAUGGACUACCUGUCUGCUGAGAUCUCCACCUCCAAGCAGAAGAAGUUCAGCCUGGUGACGUUUGUGGACACUCCGGGUUUGGUGGAUGGGGACAUGAUCUACCCUUUCGAUGUCAACAGUGCCAUCACCUGGUUGGGAGAACAGUCCGACCUGAUAUUUGUGUUCUUUGACCCGAUGGGCCAGGCGCUGUGCAAACGCACGCUCAACAUCGUGGAGAAGCUGAGUGAGAAAUGUGGAGACAAGCUGUUGUUCUACCUCAGCAAGGCAGAUGAGGCGGGGAAGGAAACGGACAGACAGAGGGUGAUGAUGCAGAUAGUCCAGGAACUGUGUCGCCGUCCGGGUCUCAACAAAUGUGGUUUUGAGAUGCCAACAAUAUACAUCCCCAACCCACAGAAGCCGAGCAGGUGUGUGAACCAGAUCGACGGGGUUUGUCAGACCAUCGAGAAGACCAUCAACCAGGCCGUUCAGAAGACUUUGGAUCAGCUGGAGAAAGACUGUGACCUUAUUUGUUCCACCAUCAGCAGCAGACUAGAGCAGGACAGGGCUGAUGUGGCUUUCAGAAAAAGCGUCCGUCUUCACUCCUUCUUGUGUGGGGCUCUGGGUGUUUUUCUUCCCGCCCUCUUCAUCCUCAGUUUUAUCGUGCACACCUUGUCCAGACAGCAGCUGGAGGAGCUGUUGGGUGAAGGUCCGGCUCGGACUCUCAUGAUCUUCUCGGGAGCGGUGAUGUAUUUAUGGGACUGGAUACCAGAGGAUGGACAAGUACUGUUUGUGAUUAUUUUUGGAGCUUUUUGCUACCUCCUGCUUUUCCUAGCAAAAUAUUUUGCACGCCAAGGCAAUAAGACUCUGACGAGGAAGGAGAAGAGGACGAUGGCAGAGUACAAUGAUUAUAUCCAGGAUAUUGUCAAAACCAAGAAGGGUAAACUGUAUGAAUGGUACCUCCAGCAGUGCGCAGCAGAAUAUGACCUCUGACCCCAGUCGGGCAGGUGUGACCUCUGAUGCAGCCAAGAUCACCGCCAACAUCAUCAUCUCAAGAGCUGAUUGAAAAUUAAAAAGUGCCUUUGUCAUUGAGUUCAGGAGAAACUGUGAUUGUAGUUGUCUGAUGAAAGCAAAUUUAAGAAUGUGAAUAGAUUUUUAAAUUUUUUUAGAGGUGUUUACAAAUGGACUUUUUCUUAAUUUCUUCCUGAACAACUUGCAGCUGCUUUUACCAAGAAACGUGUUUCUGUGAUUUCAUUCAUCAUUGUCCUCUUGUUGUUACAGUCGACAAAUCUCACUGCACCGUCCUGAAGUCUGUCAUGUUGUCUUGAUAAAAUACCAGAAUGUGUUUUCAUUCUGACCAUUAGCAAUAACUACAAUAACCAAUGCUGUGAUAACAUAUGGGCAUUAUAGUCCAAUAUUUUCAUACAGUCAACAAGCUAAGGCUGCAAGCUUUCUCUUGCCUCCAAAGAGUCUGUGCUACAUUUAGACAGUUCUGUUGUGUGAUAUUGUACAGCCAUGAUUGUCAUGUGAGUAUAUUUGUAUAAACCACAGCCGGUUAUUUAAGUGCUACAACAGUAUAGUAAAACUGGUGAGCAGUGAAGUCUGUCACUGCACUGAUGUGUAUCCCCUAGUUGUGUUAAUGAGCGCUGAGCCCCUCAUGUUGUCUAUAGAUCCACUGAACUUGUUCUAUGACAAAAAACACCAUGUAAUGCCUUCACUCCAGUGUUUGUAGAUAUAUUUAUUACUCUCAACAGGUGUUUUUGAGGUGCUUUGUACAAGGGAUGCACCGAUCCGAUGAGCCAGAUCUAUAUCAAGACCGACUGAUACUCGCCUUGUUUAGUGGAUCUGUUAUUGGGAAUGCAGUGACGAGUAACAAAGUUUUUUUUGUUAGUGUCAUAAUAUUCAGUGUUUCCAUUAUCACUUAUAUUCAUUCAGUUAUGGUCGGCUGCCGGCUUUUAAAUUUGGGAAGGAAAGAUCACUUGGAUCUGGAAGCUGUAUCGGCAGAGACACUGAGAUGAAGCAUCAGUAUCAGGAGAGGAAAAUCUGGAUGAGUGCAUCCCUACUUUUUACCCUCAAAAAAUGUAGAAAAACCUCAACAGGGUGCUUGCAAUAUUAAUAUAAACACUGUCAGUUUGUAUUGUGUGUGUUAGAUGCCUCCCAGGUAUCGUCUUCAUUAGGGAAUUCAUGUUUUAUGAGAUAUUUCCUUUACAGAUUUGUGAGACUUGUGUGAAUUUAUCUAUUCUGUGUCAUUUUUCCCAGAAAUAUUUGUAUUGUCUGAAACCUGGACUCAGCUGUCUUGUUUUAGUAAACUUUGUUUUUAGUUAACAAGACUCAAAGAAUGAAAUCUACAAACUAUGCUCUGUCACUUCCUUGAGAAUUAUUAAACAUUUUCUACUUUUA